CAGUUGGUUUAAAGCGUGUCAUCGGCGAUCACUCUUAUGUCCGCUUUGCUCGUCAACCAUAUGGUAUAGAGCCAACGAGUCCCCUGAAGGAUAAGUGAGAAGUAGUGGUCGCUGCCAACGACACCGCCCGUCCAGUGGCCUGAAACACAAACAUGGGAACCUUCGUGGGCCACACAUUAACCGGAAGCUUUCUCUUCGUUUUCGGAACGUGGUGGACCUUCGCGGCGUGGCGCAAUUACGCCGUAAGCAGGGAGAACAAGCGACGCUAUGUCUGCUGUUGCACGUACACGGUGCCUUGCCUGCCCAAGAGUUUCAGCGUCGAAGGCAUCGUAAAGAUAAUCAGCUGUUGCGUAUGCAUUGCCAUGGAGUUCCCCGCUACUUUCAGACGCAACAACCUCGCAUACGCGGAGAGCGUACAGCACCAGUCCAUGUACGCGUUCUUCCUGAUCAGCGGUGUAGUGGACGUCAUGUACAACGCCGGGUUCCCGUUCCCGCCUCACACGGACUACGUGGCGCUGCUGCUCGCCGUAGCCUCCGAGGGCCUGCUGUUCCACUUCCAUCUGCAAGGCAGGAUGCACCUCGACGUCAUGGUGCACAUGCUCUUGCUGUACACCAUGGUUGCUCUCGUGACCUGUCUCAUAGCCGAGAUGUGUCGACCUCGAAGCGUCCUGGCGUCCCUGGGCCGAGCUUAUUUUUGCCUUCUGCAUGGAACGUGGCUAUGGCAGAUCGCCUUCAUCCUGUACAAUCCUCUGCCCGGACACAAGCCCUGGGACGUGCAGAGCCACAUGGAUUCGAUGUUGGCCGCAAGCGUAUUCGCGUGGCACAUGAUGGCUGUGUUGGUCUACGUUGGCGCGUUGGGAGCUGUGGCAUGGGCGGUGAACCGAAUGUGCGGCUCGUUCUGCGAAGACGUCUUGGGUGCGCAGGAGGUCGGGGAGCUUCGUGAACCAUUCAUAACGCGCGACAUGUGAGGUUGACCAGAAGGCGCUCCUCAAGGUGUUUGAGGGCGAUACGGCGGACCACAGAAUAUCCUCGAGCAAAAUAAUUAUAGCAGCGAAUAUGCCAUCCCCUGAACGUUUCUCUUCGAACAGCGCGAAGGAAGAAAGUCCGGCAGGUGUUACACUCUUGUAAGACGAAAAGACGAAAACGCUGCUGCACUCAAGUAAGGCAAGAUGAGCCUAGAUGAGCAGUACAUGUGUUUGGAAUUAAAGUGAACAAUUUG